AUGGACGCCCCAAGGAAACGACGGAGACUCGACACAGAUGCCAAGGACGACGAGGAUGACCCCAAAAUGCGCCGUCUUCUCGCAGAAGAAAUCGACCUCGAGAUAUCGAUCCGGCAGAGACUAGUCGCCACCCUCGAGUCCCGCAUAACAUGGGCCAUCCUCAUGCAGGACGCACUCCAGAGCGACCUCACCAGUCCCUCACACUCCUCUCCCCGACAAGACACCGAAGACUUCCAAGACGCCGCCCUCGACGCCCUCGACGCCGCCGACUGUUCCGCAGCUUUCAUCUUCGACCGCGACGCCUCCCACUCCCUCGACCCCCCCGACUCCCCCCGCGACUUCUCCCCCCUCGCCCCACCAUCCCUCCCGCCUCCCCUCCCACCCCGCACACACAAACCCCGCCUCGCCAGCAGCGCCCUCCGCCCCGGCACCCGCGGCUACGGCUACGGCACCGGAGGCACCGCCAAACUCAUCUUCAUCCGCGACAGCACCGUCGACCCGCCCGUCCUCGUCAAAAUGGCCUGCCCCGACUGCGCCCGCACAGACUUCACAAACCUCCAGGGCCUGCUCAACCACGCCCGCCUCCGCCACAAGCGCGAGUUCGGCACACACGACGAGUGCAUGCAGACCUGCGCCGUCGUCGUCCCCGAGCACGACCGCGACUGGGUGCUCGCGAACGGGACGGAGCUCGGUGGUGUGAGCUUGCCGAGCAUUAGGAGGCUGUUUGAGAUUGCGGUGGGCCAGGAGAGCGGGUAUGCGCCGCUCGCGCAUGUGCAGCCCCAGGCGCCUGAAGAGGGUCCGGCGUCUGAGCGUGCACCGAUGGACGCGAGCUCAGGGGGCGCAGGGCCGCCCCCUGAAGAGGCGCCCGCUGUCGUGGAGGGACCGAGCACGCUCCUCUCGCGUACGCUCGGCCUGCACGCUGACACGCCCGCACUGGCCGCCUUUCUCGGCAGGACGCCCAAGCGGCGCGGUAUCAACGUCUACGACGCCGACAAGUGCGUAGAUAUCCUCGGUCUCGAGCCACCAGACGCGAACGCGAGCAAGGGGCGGGCGUGGCGAAUGACAAAACCCUCGCGAAAUACCCCGCGCGAGUCAGAUCUGUCUACUCCGCCCCUUCCAAUCGUAGUCCCUGAAAGUACUGCCAACGUGACCGAGGGCACGGGCGUGGACGAUGCGUUUCCCGUGGCUCAGCCACUACUAGGAAGCGCGGGCGUCUCUGCGACGCGCUUCCACAUCGUGCCCCGGAUCGUAGUCUCGGACCGCAGCCUAACCAUUCCCAAAUCACGCCGCUCAGAAGUCCCCGAGGGCCACACCCACCGCUGGAUGCUCGGCGUCUCCUCGCCCUCCUACAGCCUACACAUCACCGCCUUCCUCGCAAGCAUGUCCGUCACCUGCCUCACGCAGCCCGCGCCCGCAGGCCUGGGCGGGGGCCCCGUCGUCGUCGACGGCGCGCCGUUCGCGGCCGUGGGCACGACGGACCGGCCGUUCCUCGCGCGGCUCACGCUCCGCUGGGCGGGCGGACGCACGCCGCCGCUCGAGGUGGACCAUUUUGUCGAGCUCGAUGCGUACGGAUCACAGUCGGCGGUGCUGGGCGAGGAACAGGUGCUCGACGUCGAGCUCGACGCGCGCACGGAGCUGUUGCCCGUGCGCGCGGGCGUGGAGCUGCCCGCGCUCGAUGCGAGUGCGGCGCGCAAGGUGCGCAUGGUGCGCGCGGAGGAGAUCGGGGAGGCUGCUGCUGCGGUUGGUGUGGCCGCGGGUGCGGGAGGGGCUUCUUCGAGCGAGAAUGCGUACGUGGCGGUGUUGAAGACGUUGUUGCCUCGCGCGCCGUUGACGAUGAGAGAUGUGAAAGGACGCGGGACACCGCAAGUGACGUACAAGCUCGUCUCGUCCCCCGCCGAGCUCGCGAGACUCGUCGAUGGGCGGCGCAAGGCGAUCGAAGUGAGCCCGUCGCCCCUGCGGUUCCCCUGGGGCCGCGCCCGUGCGCUUCGCGAGCUGUACGACCACCGCGUUAAGCUCUCGCCGACCAGCCCGAGCGGGGACGCGUACAAGCCGCUCACCACCGGCGACGUGUACGCGUGGCUCGAGGACGAAGGGCAUUUUCCGCGCUCAAAGGCCAAGCUCUCUGCGUCCGCCAACGUCGCGCACUCGGGCCCGAGCGGAUCGGUAGGCCCCGACGGGAAGAAGAUGGGCGGCGCGGCGGCCGUGGCGGCGGGGAUGGACCCAAAGGCGCUGUUCGACGAGGUGUGCCAUGUGUGUGGGCUCAAGCUGAAGAUGCACCAGAGCGCGCGGGCGGGGUCAGGCGACGUGCUCAGGCGCGAAGGGGCGGCCGCGUGCGAGAUUGUACCGGAGAGCGAGCGCAGGACGGGUGUGCCUGCGCUCGAUAUGGACCGGAUUGCGGGGGGCGAGCUCGCUGCGAUUAUCCGCGCGAUGCCGCCUGCGCGGGCUCCAGUGGUGGGUGUUACAGCGGCGGAGCAAGAUCAAGAUCAGGACGAGGAUGGGGGCGGGGACGAGGACGAGGAUGCACACGCGAAGAGAUAUUUCGCGCGGUACACCGCGCGCGACAUCGUCUCGGCCGCGCACCCCGCGCUCACGCUCGCGACGUAUCGCAUCGCGCGCGCCCUGGGGCUCCCGCGUCUCCCGCGCGUGCCGGUGCCUGUGUCGGUGCCGGGCAGCGCCAGUGCGAGCCGGGGCGCGGUCGAGGCGCGCGUGGCGCCGUAUGCGAUGAUGGCUGCGUGUGUGCGGCCGCUGGUGGGGGUGCUGGUGAGGCGCGCGGUGGAGGUGGCGAGGAGGGAUGUGGCGAGGGCUGUUGCUGGGGAUUGGGUUGGGGGUGCGGGUGCGGGUGCGGGUGCGGGUGCGGGUGCGGGUGCGGGUGCGGUGGGUGAUGGGAGCAGGGAAGGUGGAAGUAAGGAGGGGGCCAAGGGAGGAGGGAGGAGGAAGGGCGGGAAGGACAGGGCGUGUGUGCUUACGCCGAGGCAUGUGUUUAGAGGGCUGCAGGCGGGUGCGGCGGGGGUGUGUGGGGGUGGAGGUGCGGGGACGGGGCGGGCGGUGGGUAUGCAGGGGUAUGCUCAUGUGGGUGCGGGUGUCGGUGCGGCGGGUGCGGGUGGACACGCGAUGACGACGACGGCAGCGGAUGCGGCGUUUAAUGCUGCGGUGAUGUGUCUUGGGAGGCUGGCUGUGCCUAUGAGAUUUUUGCAGGACGAGGAGGAGAUGGAUAUGGCGGGGGUGGAGGGAGGUCCGGAGAUGCGGGUGAAGCUCGAGCCUGAAUAA